CGCGACCGUGAAGGGGGUGGGACCAGGUCUUUUUGCAAGCUUGUGAGUGUUCACCAGUGGCAGGGUAUUGAGUAGGUGACAAGAUAACAUCUGGGUUUGUCAACAGCUGGAUCCUGUUUUGUGUACCUACGCGCACAGCUUCAUACCUGAAAGGAGAAUUCUGUAUUGGAGGGGUUGCAUGCUUGGUUAACAAACACAAACCAGAAGGACACUUGGUGCAACGAUGAGCUUCUUCAGUUUUGGCCAAAGUGCAGAUAUUGACAUCGUGCUGAAUGAUGCAGAGACCAGGAAGAAAGUGGAACAUAAGACCGAGGAUGGGAAAAAGGAUAAAUAUUUCUUGUUUUAUGAUGGCGAAACUGUUUCUGGGAAAGUGAAUGUGACUCUCAAAAAUACCGGUAAACGGCUGGAGCACCAGGGCAUCAAAAUCGAAUUCAUUGGGCAGAUUGAGUUGUACUACGACAGGGGAAAUCAUCAUGAGUUUGUUUCUCUGGUGAAGGACCUUGCUCGCCCUGGGGAGAUCACACAGUCUCAGACUUUUGACUUUGAAUUCACACAUGUAGAAAAGCCAUAUGAAUCCUACACUGGACAAAAUGUAAAGUUACGAUACUUUCUCAGAGCAACUAUCACUCGAAGGCUAAAUGAUGUUGUGAAGGAAAUGGAUAUUAUUGUACACACACUCAGUACAUAUCCUGAGUUGAAUUCUUCCAUCAAAAUGGAAGUUGGCAUUGAAGACUGUCUGCACAUUGAAUUUGAAUACAACAAAUCAAAGUAUCACUUAAAAGAUGUUAUUGUGGGAAAAAUCUACUUCCUUUUGGUCAGGAUAAAAAUCAAGCACAUGGAAAUCGACAUUAUUAAAAGGGAGACCACUGGUACUGGUCCAAAUGUGUACCAUGAGAAUGACACAAUAGCAAAGUAUGAAAUCAUGGAUGGCGCACCUGUGAGAGGAGAAUCUAUUCCAAUCCGGCUGUUCCUUGCAGGAUACGAACUUACGCCAACCAUGCGAGACAUCAAUAAGAAGUUCUCUGUGCGGUAUUACCUUAACUUGGUGCUUAUAGAUGAAGAGGAGCGGCGCUACUUCAAACAGCAGGAAGUGACUUUGUGGCGAAAAGGAGACAUUGUGAGGAAAAGCAUGUCACACCAAGCAGCCAUUGCUUCCCAGCGCUUUGAAGGGACAAUGAAUACAGAGAGCAAGACUUCAGCUAUGGCACAGGAAGAAAGCCAUAAAUAAAAGGGAACACCUUGCAGCUCACCCCCAUUGGAAUCUUCCAGCUUACGAUGGACAUAUGGAGAAAGAAAAAAAACUUUGAAGUUGUGAUUUCCUUUCCCUUUUUGGAGACUGAACUGGGAAUAGUCAUAAAGAACAAGUGAUGGGCAGCAGUCCAUUUGGAUUGGUUCCUUGAUAAUAAUUGCUUCAUGUAUAUAAAUGUUUCACUGUUCAGUUCUUCGAAAAUGCAGGCAGUCAUAUCCAUGACACAAAAGUUCUGAUUGGUCAGCCUUGUGUUGGGUAUGCAUGGAUUGUACAGUUGAUUGGCCUGCUUAAUAAAAGGAAGCUCAGAAGAAGCCAAGGUACUGUAGGUAUCAGCAUUCACAAGGAAUUAUCAGGACUCAGUAUUUUGUUUCCUUCUUGUGCUGAGUGUUUUGUAUUCCUCUUCAGUUUCCAAGGAUAUAUGAUUUUGUUUAGUGAGGCUUUGUCAUGAAAGUGUUUUUUUUUAAAUUAACAAGUAGUUUACAAGUCCAGAAUCAAACAUUUUUGGCACAGGUUCAUGACUGAUGUUCUCUAUGUAGCAUGCUUACACUGAGUAAUUUCUGCUGCACACAUUGCUGCAUUUUGUCUUUAGGCACAUUGAAUCAAAUUAAGUUUUUUUUUAAUGCAAACAGUAUUCAUAUGUGAGCAGUUUUGGUCUUCAGGAAGGCACUGUAAAGGGACAUAAAGGUUAGGGCAACUAAUAACCAGUCAGAUCCCAUUAAAGCUUUGCUUUUAGAAGUCUUUUUAUUCUUAUUGUAGCUGCAGGCUGAGACAGCAUUAACACAACAUCUCCACUGGUGGUGGCAUUUGUGUCAACACAGUAUAGAUCAGAUUCUUUAUUUCAUUGCAAGACAGUUAAUUUUUCUGUAUAUUCCAGUCUCCCACUCUUUCACAAGUCUUUGAACCCCUGUGUCAUAAAUUUCUCUUCCUACUGCAGCUCAUGAAAGCAGAGACAUGUAUAUUUGUACACAUUGUCACAAAUGAGGGGUUUCAGUGCAUUAACCUUUUGUUUGUAUUAUAAAGUGAUAAAUAUCAUAAACUAAUUUAUUAUAAGUAUAUUCCAAAGGAUCCUACUACGUAUGCUAUCAGUAUGGUUAUACAGCUUGCAGAUUUCAAUUAUUUUGCAAACAUUCAGAGCAUUGGUACUGUUUAGUGAAAACUAUGACAGUGUUUGAAAAAUAAAUUGCAUCACCCUAUGCAUAUUAAAAAGUACAAUUAACAUCUAAAAUGUGACACAAAACAACCAACAAAGAAUAGCAUAGUACUGUAAUCAUUAAAAUAUAAUAAAGCAUUGAAAAAAGCAGUUUCAUAAAAUGCAAUAAGAAACGCACAACAAAGAAUAUUAGGUUUUGGGCAAUCUUUUAUUCAUGUUCUCAAUGUUUGAAGGAUACGUUCAGAAGAUUGUCUAGAAGUUAGAAUUUUUUAAAUGCUUUAUUAUUUAUAAUAAAUGUAGUGUUGUUGUAAAGCCUCA